GUUGGUGGUAAGCUAAAAUGGAGUAAUUGCACUACAAAUUUAACACUUUGCUCAUCAACUGAAUUACAAACUAUGAAAGAUUUCCGAUCGGCCUUUAUCGAGACACUCGAAAAAGUUGUCGAUAAAUCAUCAAACAGAGGAUUGUACGUCCAUUCAUGCUAUCGCCACGGCCACUUCAAUGGCAGAGACGGAUGGAUGUGCUCAUCUCUCGUCGGAAAUUACGCACUCGGAAACAAAACAAUCGGAAAGGCUAUUAGUGAUUGGUACUUCGACAGAAGUCCGUUUCAAGAGAUUGAUUUAAAGAACGAGUCGCCGUUCAACUGCACGAGUACUCUUACGCACCAAGAAUUCGGAAAGGAGUGUGAGGCGCGAUUGAAUAAUUAACGAUCACCGUUAAUUGUUACUCUUCGAUCAUCGAAUUUGCAACUCUCUAUGUAAUGUGAACACAAGGUCAAUAUGAAUAUGAAUAUAUGAUGAUAUGU